GCUCCUCGCGCGCGGCGUAAGCGGCCCAGACCCCGCGCCGCGGGAAGCCGGGGCGGUGUGUCGGCGUCGCGGGCGAGCCGAGGCGGCGGCUGGAGGAGGCGCGGCGGGCACUGAGGUUUCUCUGUCGCUCACAGAAAAAUGGAUCACUUAAGGCUUUGGAGGACUCAGUUAUCACAGUAUUCCUCUACUACCAACUAAGAUUCAUAUGACAGUUUAUGGAAACAAGCUUUCAUAUUAUAGAACCACUGAAGAAUUAAAAGAAGAUAUUCCUUCAUAAAAUAAUCCUGUAGUAUCAUGUUCCUAAAUAAAAUUAAAACGUACAAUAUUUAAGUUAUUAAACAUACAUGUGCAGCAGCUACUGUGUACUGAUGGUUACCAAACCUCAAAUUUAAAGAUUUCCCUUCAUGAAGAAGUCGUAUUUUGCAAGGAGCCACUGAACAUUGUCAUUAAAUUUUUGUCAGUGAAGUGUCAUCUAGGAAAUUUUUCUCGAAACAACUUCUAUAAGGUUCCAAGUCCUACCAUUGAGGGAAGUUGAUAGUAUGGCAGCAACCUACAGGCUUGUGGUCAGCACUGUGAACCAUUACAGCAGCGUGGUGAUUGACCGGCGUUUCGAACAAGCCGUACAUUAUUGCACUGGAACCUGCCACACCUUCACACAUGGAAUAGACUGCAUUGUGGUGCAUCAUAGUGUUUGCGCAGACCUCCUGCAUAUCCCUGUGUCUCAGUUCAAAGAUGUGCAUCUGAACUCUGUGUUUUUGCCCCAUGAGAAUGGGCUUUCCUCAGCUGAAGACUAUUCCCAUCAGGCCCUCACAGGCAUACCCAGGGCCAAGAGAGCGUCUACAUUUCAAAAUACCUGUAACUUAAAGGACAUUGCAGGGGAAGCGAUCAGCUUUGCCAGUGGGAAAAUAAAGGAAUUUUCUCUUGAAAAACUCAGAAACUCAAACCAUGCAGCUUACAAAAAAGGAAGGAAAGUUAAAUCUGACUCAUUUAAUAGAAGGUCAGUUGAUUUUGACCUACUCUGUGGCCAUUAUAAUAAUGAUGGGACCUCUCCAUCUUUUGGCUUACUCCGGAGUUCCUCAGUUGAGGAAAAAUCUUUAUCUCAUAGAAAUUCAUUUGAUACAAACCUGACUUCUAUGCUUUCUCAGAACUUUUCUGAAGAAGACCUAGUUACUCAAAUUUUGGAAAAACAUAAAAUAGAUCAUUUUUCUCCUGGGACAGACAUAAAAAUGUGCUUGGACAUCUUACUGAAAUGCUCCGAAGAUUUGAAAAAGUGUACAGACAUCAUAAAACAGUGCAUAAAGAAAAAGUCAGGAGGUAACAUCAGUGAAGGAAAUGGCGAUGAUGCAAUUUCUAACUCUGAAACUGUCUAUAUGAAUGUUAUGACCAGGUUAGCAUACUAUCUGAGAAAGUUACCAUUUGAAUUUAUGCAGUCUGGGAAUAAUGAGACCAUAGACUUAGCAGAACUUGUCAAUAAUAUACCUAACUUACAGCUGACGCCUUUCUCCCCAUUAUAUGGGACUGAACAACCCCCUAAAUAUGAGGAUGUUGUCCACCUCUCAGCCCUUGACUCUGGACGGUUUCAGAGUGUCGAACUGCAAGAUGAAAAGCAUCGUUUUAAACAAACAGACACUGUAAAAGCCACUCCAAACAACACAAAUUCCUUGUGUAGCUUGGAGGUAAAAGAUCAUGGAAGUCUAAAACCUGUGCAGCUUCAGUCACCAUCAUUAACCAUGAAUCAUUUAGAGCGUGUUUCUUCUGGUAACUUACUAGAAACUCUUUAUAUUGAAGAAGAGUCAGACGGAAAGAAGUCAUCAUUAGAUAAAGGACAAAAAGCAGAGAAUGGACAAGGUCAGGAACCAUUAAAGGUAAAUGAAUAUAAAGAAUUUUCAGAUCAUGAUACUCAUCUUAAAAAAUGCCCUGCCUCAGUGCAAAAUGAAAUUGGUAAGAUAUUUGAAAAACCGAUGAUGGUUCAUCCACCUAAGGAAGAAUCUAAAUUAGAAGUUCCUACCAUAGAACUAAGAGACCAGAGGCACUUUAUGAAUCCUAAUAGUCAUGAAGAGAUAGACAAACUGUUAAUGGAUUUGGAAUCAUUUUCACAGAAGAUGGAGACCUCUUUAGGAGAGCCACUUACCAAGGAUAAAAGCAUCGGUUCUCUAAAUAGUCAUGGUCAUUUGACUGGCCAGACCCAUGAAGAUCCUGAGCCUAAACCUAUAGUCUCUUCACCUUCAGAAAAGGUUGCCCCUUCUUGUCUAACAAGGAUUAUUGAAAACAAUGGACACAAAAUAGAGGAAGAAGACCGAGCCCUCUUACUUCGCAUUCUGGAAAGCAUUGAAGACUUUGCUCAAGAACUAGUUGAAUGCAAGUCAGGCAGAGGGAGCCUAUCACAAGAAAAAGAAAUGAUGCAAAUUCUCCAGGAAACCUUAACGACUUCCUCCCAGGCCACCCCUUCAGUCUGUAGGAGCCCUGUUGGUGAUAAAGCCAAAGAUAGUACUUCAGCUGUUUUGAUUCAGCAGACGCCAGAGGUGAUCAAGAUCCAAAAUAAACCAGAGAAGAAACCUGCAACACCACUUUCGCCUGCAGCCACCGUUCCAAGCAGCCCCCAGCCUGUCUCCCCUGUUCCUUGUGUGAAUGAUGUUGUGAAUACACCAUUGUCCAUAAACAUUCCACAGUUCUACUUUCCUGAAGGACUCCCAGACACCUGCAGUAACCAUGAACAGGUCCUAAGCAGAAUUGAAGCCGCCUUCAUGGAUGUUGAAGAUCAGAAAGCAGAUAUUUAUGAAAUGGGGAAAAUUGCAAAGGUCUGUGGCUGUCCGCUCUAUUGGAAAGCCCCCAUGUUCAAGGCUGCAGGAGGAGAGAAGACUGGAUUUGUGACAGCACAGUCAUUCAUUGCCAUGUGGAAAAAGUUGCUAAGUAACCAUCAUGACGAUGCCUCCAAGUUCAUCUGGCUUCUGGCAAAGCCCAGCUGCAGCUAUCUAGAACAGGAGGAUUUUAUUCCUUUACUUCAGGAUGUGGUGGAUACACACCCUGGGCUCACCUUCCUGAAAGAUGCUCCAGAAUUCCAUUCCCGCUACAUCACCACGGUUGUUCAGAGAAUAUUCUACACAGUCAACAGAUCUUGGAGUGGAAAAAUUACUUCGACAGAGAUAAGGAAAAGCAACUUUUUGCAAACUCUGGCCCUUCUGGAGGAAGAAGAAGAUAUAAACCAAAUCACAGAUUACUUCUCUUACGAACACUUCUAUGUCAUUUACUGUAAAUUCUGGGAGCUAGAUGGUGAUCAUGACCUGUAUAUCAGCCAAGCUGAUCUGUCUCGAUACAAUGACCAGGCUUCAUCCAAUAGAAUUAUUGAAAGAAUAUUUUCUGGAGCAGUAACAAGAGGAAAAACAGUGCAAAAAGAGGGAAGAAUGAGCUAUGCAGAUUUUGUUUGGUUUUUGAUUUCUGAGGAAGAUAAACGGAACCCUACCAGUAUUGAGUACUGGUUCCGCUGCAUGGAUGUGGAUGGAGAUGGCAUACUUUCCAUGUAUGAACUGGAGUACUUCUAUGAAGAGCAGUGUGAACGGAUGGAAGCCAUGGGCAUUGAGCCCUUGCCGUUCCAUGACCUGUUAUGCCAGAUGCUUGACUUGGUGAAGCCAGCUAAUGAUGGUAAAAUAACUCUACGAGAUCUGAAGAGGUGCAGAAUGGCUCAUAUCUUUUAUGACACUUUCUUUAACCUGGAGAAAUAUUUGGACCAUGAACAGAGAGAUCCUUUUGCAGUCCAGAAGGAUGUUGAAAAUGAUGGCCCUGAACCCUCUGACUGGGACAGAUUUGCUGCUGAGGAGUAUGAGGCUCUUGUCUCGGAGGAAUCCGCCCAGGCGCAACUCCAGGAAGGCUCCUUUGAAGAUUAUGAAGAAGAACCUGUGUCUCCCUCUGAAUUUGGAAACAAAGGCAAUAAAAUAGUAACUUCAAGCCUUUCAGAGAAAUGUGGAAAGCUUCAGUCAGUGGAUGAAGAGUAGUUCCCAGUAUCUACACAAAAAGGAUGGUGUGUAGAAAUGUUCUAGUUUGCACACUGCUUUAUAAAGGCUUUUGAUUCCUCCAAGUGCACUAGAAACUAAAAUGCUCUAAGUAGUUCAGCACAGAAGACCCCCUCCAGUCUGCCGCAAACCUCGUGCAGAGCUCUUCCUUGGAAGUAGCAUACUGUCAGCAAUCACCUUCCAGAGUCUGCAGUCAGCACCCUAACCCCUCACUGCACAGAGGCCAAGCACAGUUGUCUGCACAGCAGACGCUGCCUCAGUGUUGGCCAGCUCCCCUGGGGUCCCUCAGGCUCCUACAGAACCUACAAGAAAACUUCACUUGCAAAAAACUUGAGUCAAAAAUUCUGGAACUUGAAAAAGGGCCUCUAGAACUGACUUUGUCCUAGUAACAAAAGCACUGCCAAAACAUCUCAGAGACUACUUAUGUGUACUGGAGUUCAGGGACCUUGAACUUACCUGGUUUAAUGUAAUUUCACCAUGACCUGCCAAACUGCUAGUUACUUUACAUUCUCAGGUAUUGUAACCAACCACUGGGCCCUUCCAACUCUGCUGGCAAGCUCUGGCAGCCUCUGCGACUGUGGAUCUUGUACAAAAUUUCAAGACAAAAAAAUUCUUAAAACGAAGACAAAUACAGAAUCUGGCACUUAACAUUUGUAGACAAUUGUUGGGUAAUGUAUUAAUCUACACACUUGCUGAUAACCUAUCUUCAUUUCUAGCCGAAGGCCUACUUGAAGACUUAAGGAAUGUGACAUACCAUGAAAAAUCCUCACUAUACAUAUUCCCUUCCUUCCUUGAAUACUAGACUAAGUCAAAAGUAAAAGGCACAAAUUAAACAACAGUUUUUCUUACUUCCUGUGGGAAAGAAACUACAUCAAGUAUUUCAUCCACCUCAAUAUUAUCAAACUUGGAAGAAAACAGUAACUCUCACCCACAGUAGAAAGCCUUUUACUAUAGUGGUAAAUUCAGAAUCCUGUAUUUUUCUACAGGCCACAGUGCAGCCAAACCCUACAAUAUGCCUGAUACCCUUCAUGUUGGGAGAAAGAAAAAAAAAAAAAAAGAUUACUGUAAAGAAUGGACAUUUCUAAAAUCAAAGCAGCUUUUUACUAUCUCUGCCAAAGUCAUCAACUUAUCCCUAUCCCUUUGUUUUGAUUUCAAAGGGUCAGAAUAACCUCCUAGUUCUCUUGCUGAUAUAAAGGCCAAGCACUGAAAUAAUCAAACCUGGGAUGAUGGAGGGAAAUGUAAUCCCUGUUAUCUUAACUUCAUGACUCAACUAAUCCCCCACGUAACCAUUACAGAAACAGGGAACUAUUACAACUAGCCUAACAGUGACUAAAUUGGGGACAGUUUUUACAAAAAAAAAAAAAAAAAAAAAUACAUAUAUAUAUAUGGCAUCUGUCUAAAAUCUGAGGAUGUAGGUAGUUAAGGCAAGAGAUAAGAGAACACACUAUAUACAAUAGCCUAAAUACACUGAUAAAUUUUGUUUACUAUAAUGCCAGCAUUCAAGAGACUGGGGCAAGGAGGAUUGAGGGCUCAAAGUUUGAGGCCAGCUUAGAUUACACAGUGAAACCUUGCCUUAGAAAGAAUUCUGUGUUAUUACCAAUCCCGUACAGUCUUUAGCAGGAAAGGAGAAAUGACUUUAAUUUCAGAUGAAAAUACAAAAAGGUAAUACUUGUUGGGGGGCAGGGAGCGUUUAAAGGAUUUUAUUAGCUUCAUUCUAAAGUAUUUGAGACUUAUCAAAAUGCACAAAAUUUAAAAUAUCCUUAACUAACAUGGACAGAUAGGGCUCAGCCAGUUAGGCCUCACCCCUAACCCACACCUAACAAAGCACUCCACCACCAUUGCACUCAGCCCCUUUUUAACUCAUCUUGCUACCUUGUCCCUUCACCCUUACUGAAACUCUCUUGCUUUUACUUUGAUCAAAACCCAUCAACACCAUCCAGUUUGAAAAGGACUACUUAAUUUGGGUCACCCAAAUUAUACUUCCAAGAAUUACAAUCAAGUAUUUCACCCAAUUCCUUUCUUAGAAAUGAAUGCAGUGAGUGUUAACUUCUAAAGACUAGGUUAGUAUAUAUUUGACUUUGGUAAAGAUCAAGCUAAGUACACCCCUCGCCACCAAACUGGAAAUGUCAGGUUAUGACAUACCCAAAGGACCUUGUAAAAAGAUGAUCUAAAUCACUGGUUCUCAACCUUCCUAAUGCUGCGAGCCAUAAUGCAGUUCCUCAUGUUGUGGUGACCACAAACCGUAAAAUCAUUCGUUGUUACUUCAAAACCGUAGUUUUGCUGUUAUGAACUGUAAUGUAAAUAGCUGAUAUUUGGAAUAUCUGAUGUGCAACCCCUGUAGAAUGGGUUGGACCCACAGGUUGAGAACCAAUGAUUGAAAUAUUUAAUGAAAGGAGGGUUUCAUUGCAUAAUUGCCAAGGUAAUCAAACUAAUAAAAAUCUGUAUAUUUCCCUGUAUCUAUCUUAUCUGUUACUAUACUGUUCAAAAUGUAAAAAAAAAGAAAAAAAGAAAAGGAAAAUACCAGAACUCAAUAUCAUCUGCUCAGCAUUGAAAGUGUUUUUUGAGUACAGUUGGUGCAUGACUUGUUUUCCCCUUUUUGCCAAAUAAAGCUGUCAUAUGUAUGAAUUGUGUUCACUACACAUUUUUGGUUUUAGAUACAAUUCAUUUUUAUGCCUGUAAGUGAAACUGAGUUUUUGCAAAAAUAACUCUUUGAAGACUUGGGACUACAAAGAAAAAUAAAAAAUCUUAAGGAUA